AGUCGGAUCCAUUCGGCUCAAGGGUCCGAUGGCCUCCGACAUGCCGCCCGGAUGAAGAAGCUCCACACUGCGCUGCAGGUGGGCGGCUACUACGAUGAUGAGCUGGUGGACCUCAACAACAAGUACGACCAGCUGCUGGAAGAUUGCCAGGAGCUGCGCCAGAAAUGCACCUUGCGGCCUCCCAGGCCAGUCGAUGAGGAGGAGGAGGAGAGCACUCCAGUGGGUGACAGACCGGAGAAGGAGGGCUGGGAUGCCUGCUUUGACCCCGGCAGCUUCCCGGACCGCAGCCACCUGGUGGACAUCAUCCAAAAGCUGGUGCUGCCUCCCGAGCGGCCGGCAGUGAUGCUGGUAGCGGAUGAGGCGAAGCAGGAGGUGCUGGACACGACAAAGCCGCGUCAUAGCCUAGAGGCUACCCAGCAGCAGCUCCUGGCCUACUUCCAGCAGCGCCGCACACGGCUGACGUUGCAGUGUGACUUGAUUGCCAGCCGCAUGCGCAGAGGAGUCAGGCGCUGUGGGGCGCUGAGAAGCGCGGCGCCGGCGCUGCAGCAGCGGCUCCGAAUUCUGUGCCGGGAGAUCGAGGCCGCGGACGCGCGGAUCCGGCGCUUAGGCAACCCUCCAAGCGCUCGCAUCAAGAAGCCUGAAGUCCAAACGCAGCAGGAGAAGGAUCGGCCCAUCCCAAAGUCCUGCACCAACGCGAAGCUCUUUGACUUCAAUGAGGUCUACCGGGAGACGGCCUCCAGCCUCUUCCGCAGUGAUGUGGUGGUUUGUUUGCGGGAGCUGGUGUGGCAGGACCGCACGACACGCAUGCUCCGGCGAUUUCUGCUUCAAGCUCAGCAUCUCGCAGUGACGCAUCGGCAAGAGCUCUUGCGCACACUGCAGGCCAGCGAGCGGAAGCAGGGCGACGGGCAUGCGCCGCUGCCGCUGAUAUGGGUGCCGAGGUCCCCGCAGUUCGACGCCGCGUUGCUGGGGCUGGCGCAGCUUGCAGGGGUGCAGGCGCUGCUGCAGACAGACUCAGGCCACUGCCUGGCCUCCAAGGUGGCCAAGCAGUUUCCGGAGAUCUGGGCGCAGCAAGAUGAGGCAAUGCGCUUCGCAGCAUAUCCCCGACUGGUGCGCGAAGAGCAGCCAGGAUUGCCCACUUCGCCAGAGGUGCAUCUCUUAGAGGACCGGUGGCUGGACUGCGUGCCGCUGCAGCCCAAGGUGUCGCUGCUGAUGCAGGAGCAGCGCGCGGUGAUGGGCGCGGCGGAGGGGCCAAUGACGGAAGCAGGAGCUGCCCUACGCCGGGAGCUGGACUUCCUGGGUGCGGAUGUCAGGCAGGCGGAGGAGCGGAUCUCAGAGCUGGCCUCCAGGCGGGCUGCAGUGCCCCUGCCAGAUGCUGCGAGGAUCGCCGCUGCGGAGGCGGAUCAGGAGCCCGAAGGCUUGGAGGAGGUGCCGCUGCAUUUGACCCGCUCCUUCCUGCUGUUGCGGCACCUGCGGUGCCGCAGCCUGCGGCGGCAGCUGCUAGGGCUCCUGAAUCUCUUCCGCUUCGCACAGCAGAAGGCGUCCCAGGGCGUGCUGCUACUGCAGGCCUCGGCCUCUGGCCGCGGUCGCCAGGACUCUGCAAAGCAGGAUGGAAAGCAGGAUGAGGCCUGCGACGCGCGCGGCGCGCGCGACGGGCUCUGCGCCGGCGAGCUGCCACCGUCGUUCCCUUUGGCGCCUCUUUCCCGCCGAGGCCUCAGAGGCCCGCUGCUGCGGGAGGCGCUGACAAGGCUCUCAGAGACAGAAUACCUCUUGCCCGGCGCUGGGGAGGAUCCGGAGGAGGUGAUGGACGGUGGCCUGAAGAUUCUGCACGGGGCGGCGUUGUCGGACUUGGAGAUGGUGGAAAAGGAGCUGCUGAUCAUCGCCGGCUACGCCGUCGAGAAGGCGCCCGAGGCCACCAAGCCGCUGGUGGACACCGCAGGUUUGCUGGCAGAAGUCUUGCAGUGCGAGGUGGCGCUGAGCCGCGCCAAGUGGCGGGUGGUGAAGCUGCAGCUCAGGGCCUUUGAGCAGGUCUCCAAGGGCAAGUGGGACAUUGCCCAGCAGAUGGUGGACGUCAUGGCACGCCGGCCCUGUUUUGACCUGGGCGAGGGGUUCAGCAUCUCUGCAGCUUAUGGGGCCUUGGAGUCCGCCCUGUGCGAGCGCGAGAAGCUGCUGAGGAUGCUCCUGGAGCACCAGGUGCGCACAGAGGCCCUGAGCUGCCGCCGCCUAAGGCGCCAGGAGCUCCUGGCGUUGCGCUGCGGCCGGCGUUUGGAGCUAGAUCUGGGCCAUCAGCGGGAGCGGGUGCGCGAUGCGCGGGAGAACCCGCAGCCCACGCCGCUGGCAGGCGCCGAGAUCCAGGAGGACCCGCAGCUGGCCUUGGAAGACCUGAUGCACCCCAUGGAAGGCCUUCCGCCCUCCAGCGAGGAGGUGAAGCUGGAGGCCAGCCUGGCAGACGAGUUCGGCGACAGCUUGCUGGACUUCUGUGACUCUUGCUCUCUGGCUUGCGAGGUGGAGCCGCUGGUGGAGGCGGCGGCUCUGCAGCUGGUGGACCUGGCGCCGGCGCCGCGGCUGCGGCACCUCUGGGAGCGCGCCUGCUGCGUGGUCCUGGCGCGGGAAUGGCAGCUGCUGCUGGGCCAGGCCGCCCAGGCCAUGCCAGGCGUUGCUGGGACCCAGACGGGCAUCCCAGAGGCCAACGCGUCCCCCAUCUUCUGGGGUGACCUGGCGGAUGACCCCAACUGGCUGCUGCUGCAAACUGAGGAGGUGAUCCAGAGCUGGCAAGAGGCUGAGGAAGGGGAGGCGCCUGCAGGCCCCAGGCGCUCCAAAGACCCGGAGCUGGCCUGGGCGCCCCGGAACGAGGCGGUGCUGAGGCUUUCAUGCCGAUUGCUGGACCAGGUGCGGCUCCGGCGCCAGCUCUUGGACGCUUUGUGCGAGGUGCGGAUAUUGGAGGCGGGCCUGGCGCGGCAGGCGCAGCUGGUCGGAAACGUGGACAACUCCCGCGUGUCAGAGACCCUGGCGGACCUGAGCUCGGACUUUGGCCUGGAGCUGGGCUCUGGCAAGGGUGGCUUAGCGCCGUUGUGGGCGGCGGAGGCGAUGAGCUGCUUCAGCCACCUGGAUUUCGCCACUGGGGUGGGUGUGCGCACUCUCUUGCAGGCAGACCAGAUGCACGAGCUGCGGGGCAUCCUUCAGCACCAGGUUGCGGGCAAGUGGCUCUUGGUGGGCUGCCUGCGGCACAACGCCGUGCUGUGUGACGGCCUGCUCAUCUCCCGGGAGCGGGAGCGUGUCUCGCGGGCCGCGGCGGCCGGUCUCAGCGUCAGCGGUUUCAAAGCCGCCGGGCCCAGCCUGGCGCACCUCUGCUGCUGGAGCCGCCUCAGCAGGCCGUGGCCACAGAGAGGGGGGCCCGAGAGCCGCCCGCCCUCGCAGGAGCCGGACAAGGCCAAGCUCGCAGCCAAGUCUCUGCAGUGGCCCGGCGCUGUGCGCUCGGCCAUCUACACCCAGGUGAGCGCCACAGUCCGGGAGGUGGUCCGCGGCAAGGGCCGGCAGUUGGAGAACCUAGCAGGGGCGAGCAAGAUGAGCUGCCUGUCCAUCUACCGGUGCCGGUCUCUGUCCUACAGCAGCCUCUUCAUGCUGGAGCGGGCCUGUGACCUGUGUUUGCGCGUGCAGGCCAGCGAGGCUUGUGGGGAGCUGCGGCGCAUGGCGCAGACGCUGCCGCCGGAGAUCUCGCCCUUCACGUGCUCGCGGGAGGGCCGGCGUCGGAUGCUCGUGGAAUCCGACGGCAGCCUGCAGAGCAUCUUCAACGUGCCGAUGGUCGAGGAGGUCCUGGCGCUGCGGGGCACUGAUUGCCCCAGCAUCGGGCGCUACGUCAGAGACUGCGAGGUGAACAUGCCGGAGCCUUUCCCGCAGCUCAUCGAGGUGGAGGAGGCGGAGACCAAGGUCAUCCCUCGAGGCCAUCCCGUCCCAGCCCCUCAGAUCGUGGUGGGAAGUCCGAGCUCUGCCUGGGCGCAACCCAAGGUGGAGCUCAGCUUCACAGGCAACGCGGUGUCGUCCAUGUCUCUGCUACACGAGCUCCUGGGCAUCGUGGGGCUCAGCAUCUUUGCGGCCGCCAUGUCCGCGGACCAGAUCCUGGUGCUAAGGCUGCUGCACGCGGUGGAGGCGGCGCGGGGAGACGAGCAGCAGCGGGCGGCCUCGGAAGCUGUGCUGUCGCAGUCCAUGCUGGGCACCACCCAGAUCGAGAGCUGCGAGCGGCAGCAGCAGCCAAGGUCCCUGGAGCAGCAGACCUGGGACGCGCUGGAGCACGUCCGGGCAGAUUUCCUGGAGCUCGAGGGCCAGGUGAAAGCCCUGCGGGAGGAGAAGCACCAGGUGAAACCGGUGCUGCGGCUCCUGGGCAGGCAGCGCCGGUGCCUGGAGCUACAGACGCUGGUGCUUUGCAGGGCCACAGCCCUGGAGGCGGUGCAGAGGUCCUGGCACUGGGAGGCGGCGGAGCUCAUGCGAUGGGCGAUGCACUUCGAGGGCUUCCCGCUGGAGGGCGGCAGUCGAUUGGUGCUGGCUGCCGGAGCGGUGCCCGGCAUCUUCGAGGCCAAGGACUUCCCAUUGCUGACGCAGAUCAUGGCAGGUGAGGUGCCGGAGGUGCCCAGAGCUCUCACCGAGCAUGAAGCCAGGGCCGACGAGGCGCUGGAGCGGCUCUGGAUGUCGGCGCCGCGCCAGGGCACGGCGCAGAUGGACGAGGUGCAGCUGGCGGAGGCCACUGCGCUGCCGUGCUUUCGCCCAGAGGAAUGCUCCCAUCUGCACCCGCUCUUCCAUGUGCUUUGCCUCCUCUUCCGGCCGCCCAGCUGGUCGCAAGGCGAGCUCUCUACAUCGCUGCGCGCGGGUUCCUCGAGCGCGGCCCGCGCCUUGUGUCUGCUGCCGACACGGAGCCGUCGCCUGGUGGCGGAGCGGCACUUGCGCAUGGAAGAGGCCAGCGACCUUAUUGGUCGAGGCGACAGCGACGCGCAAGAGGAGGCGGAGAGUUUGAUUCAGACGCUCUAUGCGGUGCAGCGACUGCAGGAGAUGGCAAAGACGUUUUUGCUUCUGACGCCGCCGGUGCAGACGCCCGAGGGUUUCGGGCAGGCCGAGGCGCUGCUGGGCCGUGAGCUCCGGUGCCGGGAGGAGGAGGAGCUGCGCAAGGCGACAGAGGACAACGAGCCUUCCGAGGAGCUCAAGGAAGGCUCCCACACGGUGGAGGAGCUGAAAGCGAAGCAGGCCCAGAUGCACCUGGAAAUGGCCAUCAAGGUGGCCGGGGAGGCGGCGGCAGCUGCAGAGGCGGCUGCGGACUUCGAAGGUGACUGGCUGAUCAUGGCCAAGGGCGGCCCUGGGGCGGCAACGGAACAGGAAGCAGGGCGCAUCGCGGCCAAGCGGAGCCUCAUCGAGGGCCACGACUCUGCAGUCGUCCUGGUGGGCAUCAUCGUGAAGUGCGGCCUGCGGUUCGCGGCGGCGGCAGUGGAGAGGCUGAAGCACCACAUGGAGACGCGCCUGGAGUCUGAGGGCGGCAAAGCUGUUGCGAACUUCGGCCAGCACUUGCUCGCGCGUGCCAACUACGUGCAGACCUUCUGCAAGGACGGCCAGCACGCCUGGAUCAUCAAGCACAGUGACUUGGAGGAGAGCAUGCAGGAGAUUGGCCGUCGCAUGCUGCAAUGGGCCAUCGUCACCACGGCUGAUCAGGUGGCCAGCGCACGGGAGCGGGUGGCUUUGAAGGCGGAGGAGGUGCGCGCCUACGAGGAGAAGCUGCUGAAGGUACGCUUGGCCCUGUGGCACCAGCGGCGGGAUGUCAAGUCCAUGCUGAACACCAUGGUCUCGGACCGGGUCCAGCGUGAGCUGUUCGAGGUGGACCGACUGCAUCGCUCGCACCGCGGCAUCACCUCCGCCGCCUACGAGGUGGAGCACCGCCGGGAUGCGGAGGUGCGGGAGGAGCUGAUCGAGGAGCUGGGGAAUUUGGAUGCGUCGCUGACGCGCGCGCAGAGCUGCUUCAAGGAAUACCGCAAGGACAUGCUUCAGGCUGUUCAGCAAGAGAUGCAGAAGCUGAAGCAGAGCAUGAUGACCCAGCUGCAGAACAGGCUGCCGAUGCAAACCUUGGCGGUUCAGAAUGCCCUGAAGAAGUUCGAGAGGGAGUCGGUAGAGGAGUCCCAGGCCUUGCGACCGCCGGAGCCGGUGCAGCCGCAGUCGGUGGCCUCCGCCCCCGUGCGGACGGAGACGGGGCCGGAGACCUUCCUGGAGGCUGAAACCAUAGGCCCUGGCGAGCCAGCCAUGCAGCCGGGAGCGCAGGUGCAGCGCAAGGCAGCGCUGGAGGAGAUGCACCGGGAGAUCGGGCAGCUGAUGGCAGCCGGCAACAGGAUACAUACCUUCUAUGACCUGAAGUGCCAGCAGCUGCGGGAGUACUACGAUGAGGAGCUCCACCGCGUCUCCGUGGCGCUGUCUUCCAACCGGGAGGUCUGGGAGGGCGUCUCGGAGGCGCGAGAGCGGCAGCGGCUGCUGAGCGAGGAGAUCCAGCGAUCUGCCCGGCGCUGCGACGAGGCGAAGUCUGAGGCCCGGCACAUGCAGAAGGCCAUCGACGAACAUGAGGAGUUCACGAAGAAGAUGUUUGACUGGAAGAAAAAGAUGCUCAAAGCGCAGGGGGACUUGCAGCACGAGAUGCGGAAGUACGAGAGAGACGGCUUGGUGGAUGUGAGCAAGAUGGAGAGCGAAUUGGGGAAGCUGGAUACGCAGCUGCAGCAACUGUCCACCUCGGUGCCGGCAGAGCAGUUGGUGGCGCUGCUGUGGCGCAGGGGCCGGGGGGAGCGCCUGCGCCUGCGGCGGGUGAUGCACCACGAGGGGAAGUUGUUGCACAAGGCCGCUGCCAAGGUGCAGGUCAUCCGCACGGAGCUGGAAAAGGGCGUCCAGGAGCUGGAGGACGAGCCCUUCAGCGAGCUCCUCAUGGAAGAGUGUGAGACGCUGUCGCGGAAGAUCAUGAAGCUGGACCAGGAGAACUUAGAGCUGCAGGAUCAGAUUCUGAAGACCGGAGGAGAGGUUGACUUGGUGCAGCAUCCCCGCCCCUCAGAGCCGCGGCCCAUGCUCCCCAUGAGCCUGCCGAAACCGCGGCGGAGUGACCCGGAGAUGGACAGCAGCUUUGAGCAGGACCUUUGCUUCUCUGUAAGCUUCAUGAAGCCUCCUCGGAGCACCGGCAGAGUGCGGAAGCAGAUCGACCAUUCGCACGGGGGAGACAUGGCGGAGGUCCAGCAAGUCUUGGCGCCUGCAAGGCCGAGCGAGAGCUUGCGCCACUCCGGGCUGGCGACGGCCCGCACUCCACGGAAGCAUUUGAGCGGCAUGACGCCCUUCCGUUGAUCGGGGCAGUGGGUGAAGCUGCGGCCGGCGGCGUGUUUUUUUCUUGGGGACCUCCUUUUUCGGGA